CUACACCCUGGUGCAGCAGCGUCGAUAUAAAUACAGGCAGGAAAACAUGGGCUAGUUUGGCAAACAGAAACAUUCGUACAUGUGUUUAUCAAAUUGGCUUCGUGCUGGUUAGCGACGUAAAGCCUGUUGAAAAUCACUACAACUCACCAUGUCUUAUCGCGGGCCUCUAACUGCUGUCAUAACAACAGUACUGGGGGCGACGCUGGGGGGGCUGCUCAUAUGGCGAGUUUACCGAACAAAAAGGAAGAGGCUGCCUUCUGUCCAGAAGGUGGAUGAAAAAAGCGCGGAGGCUCUGUGUCCCAUGGAAAAGCUCACGCCUGUGGAGUGUCGAUGCGUCCAACCUCAGGACCUUGAAGAGAAGCCCCUCCCACCACCACCUCCUCCUCCUCCUCCUCCUCCUGUACAGAUCCCUUCCUCUGAACAGCUGCUGGGAGUGAAACCAGUUAUGGUGAGCUCUGAGGAGGAAUGGCAGCAGCUGUGGCCACUGAUGCAGGAGGAGCUGUCAGUCUUCCCUGUGCUAGGGCUCGACUGUGAAUGGGUAAAGACCAAUGGCGUCUCGGUGAAGGGCCAGCCCUCCGCCGUGUCUCUCUUACAGAUGGCCUCAUACUCAGGUCUGUGCAUCCUGGUGAGGCUGCUGCCGUUUCGUGGCGGUCAGCAGACGUUCCCGCUCAGCUUAAUGGAAGUCCUUCGAGACCCCCAUGUUUUGAAAGUUGGCGUCGGUUGUUAUGAAGAUGGCAAACGGCUGACACGUGACUACGGUCUAUCUCUGUCAUGCACUGUCGACCUGCGCUACCUUGCCUUAAGACAAAGGCAAGCUAAAGUGACUAACGGCCUCAGUCUGAAGUCCCUGGCUGCAGAUCUGUUGAAUGUGUGUCUGGACAAAUCUCUGAAGCUGCGCUGCAGUGACUGGGAGGCAGAUGAACUGACUCUGGAGCAGAUGACUUAUGCUGCCAGAGACGCCCAGGUUUCCAUCGCACUCUUCCUUCAUCUCCUUGGCCUCCAAACUGAAGCCGGACCCGCCUCUUCCAGCGGGAGCACCUACACUGAACUGGCCGCCCGCUGCCAGGGCCUGGUGGAUGUUCCCUUCAGGGGCCGAGGAGAAGGCGAAGGAGACGACGGCGCCACCGAGAAAGAGAGGAGACGAAGGACGCGGAAAGUACCCAUUUAUGAAAGCCCGGAGUCUGGAGAUCAGCAAGUCCCAGACCCUCGAAAGAAUAGCAAAAGGAAACCGCUGGGCGUGGGAUAUUCUGCCAGGAAGUCUCCUCUCUACGAUAACUGCUUCCUCUAUGCUCCUGAUGGUCAGCCGCUUUGCACCUGUGACAAGAAGAAAGCCAAGUGGUACCUGGAUAAAGGAAUAGGAGUUCUUCAGAGUGAAGACCCUUUUAUCGUAAAGCUGCUGUUUGAGCCGUCGGGACGUCCUGACUCACAGCAGGAUUAUUAUCUCACUGCCAAGGAGAAUCUGUGUGUGGUGUGUGGCAAAGCAGAUUCCUACAUCAGGAAAAACAUUGUGCCACAUGAGUACAGGCGACAUUUCCCCACAGAGAUGAAGGACCACAACUCCCACGACAUCCUGCUGCUCUGCACCAGCUGCCACGCCGCGUCCAACGUGCACGACGGCUUCCUGAAGCAGCUGCUGGCCGAGGAGUUUGGCGCUCCUCAGGGCUGCGAGGAGGGAGUCCGUCUGCUGGAGGACACGGACCGGCGGAAGGUGCGCUCGGCGGCCCGGGCUCUGAUCACCGCCAGCGACGGACUGCCGGAGCAGAGGCGAGAGGAGCUUCAGACGUUGAUCAGGAGUUUCUACGGUGUGGGCGAGAUGGAGGAGCUGACCGAUGAGAUGCUGCAGAAAGCUGCUGAUCUGGAGACGAGGAUCUUCAACGCGGCGUUUGUGCCGCACGGUCUGAAGGUGGUGCAGACUCACGCUGAGCAGGGCCUGCGGGGCCUGAUGUACCUGGAGCGUCGCUGGCGGCAGCACUUUCUCACCACCAUGAGGCCGCGCCACCUCCCGCCCCUCUGGUCCGUCGACCACAACCACGGCAAGUUCCUCCGCAAGUAUGGAGAGGACCUGCCCAUCCAACUCAACUGACUGUGAGGGCCGUGGUUUUUCUUAAUCUACCGGUCAAAGAGUCGAUUUCAAGCGCUCCACGUCCACUCUGGACGUGGGACGGACACUCUGACUCACUAACUGGGACCAAACUGGUAUAAUGUGUGGCAAGUGACGAGUGUGUGAGUGAAUACACUCGAUGUUUUGCUCUUGUUUGGUUGAACCAGUGAGAUGCUGCUCAGUUGCCAUGGAGACCAUGAAUGAACUUAAGCCUCUUCCUCUUUGGAGGAAAGCCAGCACUGAAUCUGAGGACACUAUGUAACUGCGUAAGGACACUUUUCUGAAAAAUGUGUAAUUUAUUUAUGAAAAAAAAGCUAUUGAUAUUGAAAUGUAUGAACCUAUUUUUAGAAGAAGCUGCAGCCUGCUCUUAAUUUCCCCUUCAUUUUAUUGACGUCACCCACCUCCCUCCGCAGGUUCGCAGCUUUGCUGAGACAUUGGCUUCAAAGUAACGGUGACGGUGGUUGUUUUAUUUACAUGACCGUGAAUUAUUCUGCUGCUGUUUCAGCCUGUUGUCUGUUUUAAGUCGAUAGAUGAAGGAUACGUUUUCCAGAAGCAACUUGAAAUCAAAUAAACUUCGGUUAUUUUGCUUUUUAAAAGGACGAGUUUGGUCAUGAGGUGCUGUUGAGGCCCGACUGCACCAUCUCAGUUUUUUUGCAGGGGUGGGUGGGAAACAAAUUGUCACAGAGUACCAUUGGCUCAUUUAGUUUUAUAGCUUAAACUUGUGGCGUGUAUGUCCUGUUGCGGAUCCUCCUGAUGGUUGGGUCACUUCCAUGGCUCAUGUUUUAAUGAGCCUCUUAAUCCCCAAAACCUGACCGGAGUCGUCGCAGCAUCAGGACACGAGCUAGUUUCAGUUCACAGCAGUUCUCACCAACGACGUCAAUUCACACAAUCCAAACUGCACAGUCAGAAAAAAGACGCCAACGUACCUGAAAACCACCAUCAACGUCCCCUCUUGCAAAGCAGAUUUUCAUCCCAGGAUUGUAAUAAAGUUAUUUACAACAUAAAAACUGUAAAUGUAUUCAUAUUUUCCUGGAUGAAAGCCUUGAAGCUGUUUUGUUUACUAAAAUUAUGAAUGUUAAAAAUAAAUAAAAGUCAUAUUUGUGA